GCUGCUUCAUGUGGCCCUCUCAGCGACUCUUGGCGCCGCGCUGGUGCUGCCGUCAGCAGAGGAGGCGAAGAACCCGCUCCUGUCGCGGCUCGACGAGACGCUCACUCCGUGGGAAGCCAUCGAGGUCCGCCACAUUGUGCCGGCCGUCAGGAAGCACCUCGCGGAUGCCAAGAAAGAUUUCAAGGCUAUGGAGGAGAAGGUGUCUCAGCCAGGCUUCAAGCCUAGCUUCGAGAACCUCGUCGUGCCCUAUCGCCAGCUGGGCGAGCCCCUGGACAAGGCCUACCACGUUGCGAACCAUCUCAAGUCGGUGCGCGACUCCAAGGAGCUGCGCGAGGCGAUCAAUGAGGUGCGCCCAGACGUCAUCGAGUACAGCGAGGGGGUCGGACAGUCGAAGCCGAUGUACUCCGCCUUCAAGGCCCUGAGCGAGGACAAGGAGGCCUUCGCCAACCUCACCGCCGCCCAGAAGCGAGAGGUCGAGCAGGAGCUGCAGAGCUUCGAGAUGAGCGGAGUGGGCCUGGACGACAAGACGCAGGAGGAGUUCAACAAUAUCUCCCAGAGGAUGAGCAUCCUUUCGAACACCUUCUCCGAGAACGUGAUCGACUCCACCAAGGCCUGGAGGAAGCUGGUGGACAGCCCCGCCGUGCUGCGGGGCCUGCCUGAGGCGCCGCUGCAGCUCGCCGCGGAGGCCGCCAAGCGCGAGGUGAUGACGUACGUCGAGGACUCCGACCUCCGGAAGGAGGUCUACAUCGCCUCCGCGUCCAUGGCGUCCGAGCUGAACGGGCCAGACAACACGGAAGUGGUCAAGGAGAUCCUGAAACUCCGCCAGCGCGAGGCGGAGAUCCUCGGCUUCAAGACAUACGCCGAGAUGUCCAUGCAGAGGAAGAUGGCAACGGUGGAGUCCGCCACGAAGCUGCUGGAGGACCUGCGGGCGACGGCCUACCCCAAGGCGGUUGACGACCUCAAGGACCUCAAGGACUUCGCCAGGAAGCACGGCGCCACGGGGGAGCUCAAGCACUGGGACGCGAACUACUGGUCCCACAAGCAGACCAAGGAGAAGUUCGACAUCGAUGCUGAGGAGCUUCGGCCCUACUUCCCCCUCGACAGCGCCCUCGAGGGCCUGUUCGGGCUCGCCGGCAAGAUGCUGGGCGUGAAGGUGGCUCCUGCCGACGGGCCCAAGUGGCACAAGGACGUGCUCCUGUUCGAGGUCCGGAGGAACGCGGGCGACAAGGAGCCGACCGCUCGCCUGUACAUGGACCUCUUCGCGAGGCCGAGCGAGAAGAGGGCGGGCGGGUGGCAGAUGUCGCUGCAGGACUACGACGCCGCGCGCGGCAAGAAACCCGUCUCCGUCAUCGUCACCAGCUUUCGGCCGCCCGUCGGCGACAAGCCAGCCCUCCUCAGCUUCGGGGAGGUUCACACCCUCUUCCACGAGUUCGGGCAUGCCACCCAGUCCAUGCUGACCACGCAAGAAGAGCCAGCGUUUGCCGGCAUCAGCGGGGUGGAGUGGGACGCCGUGGAGCUGCCGUCGCAGUUCAUGGAGUAUUGGCUCGACGAGGCGGACUGGGUCGUGAAGAGCUUCGCGAAGCACUACAAGACAGGCGAGGCGAUGCCCGAGAAGAAGUUCAACAUGCUCAAAGCCGCCAUGAAGCACCACCCCGGCAUGGGCAUGCUGGGCCAGCUGCACAUGUCCAUGGUGGACCUCAACCUGCACAGCGUGCCGCUGGGGCCCAACGAGACGGCCACCAGCCGGGAGGACGCCUUCUCGAAGCAGCACCACACCAAGCUGAUGGAGUCUCUGCCGCAGGCCCGCGCCAUGAACAGCUUCUCCCACAUCUUUGCCGGCGGCUACGCUGCAGGCUACUACUCGUACAAGUGGGCGGACGUGCUCUCCGCAGACGCCUUCUCUCGGUUCCAGGAGGAGGGCGGCGCGUGCGGGGACCUCUGCUCCGCGAAGAUGGCGCACAUCGGCAGGGAGUGGGCGAAGACCGUCCUCGGCGAGGGCGGCGGCCGCAAGGCGCUGGACGUGUUCAAGAGCUUCCGCGGGCGGGAGCCGUCCGCCAAGGCGCUGCUGCGCUUCAACUUCGGGGAGUGA